AUGUACAUACACACAGACACAUGUACACACAUACAUGUACAUACACGCAGACACAUGUACAGAUACACACACACACAUGUACACUUGCAUACAAAUAUACACACACACAUAUGUACACACACACACCCCUAUAAAAAGUUGCAGUACUUCGUUGUUCACUCACAGAGCUGGGUACUGCACUCUAGAGGGAGGCAGAGAGCAAAGCACACACUCCUUCCUUUGCUUUCACUGCGCUCAGCUAUUGAGCAGUCUGAUGGCUCCCAGUGCGAGUGACAGAUUCGGCCCUGAGUUCCAAAC